AUGUUCUCGCGAACAUCGAAGCAGGUGCCGGCGUCGACCGGCCUCGGACCUCGUGAAAGCGAUUCACGCGAACGGGAGGGAUACGCGCGAAAACUCAAGAGACGUUCUCGCUUGGUUCUCGAUUGCCUUCUUCGACGGCCGAGCUUCGUUCUGCUUCUCUUGCCAGCCGCUCUCCUCGUCAGCUUGUACGUGAUGGUCUGCGAGGAGGAGGAUUACGAGUUCGAGCCGCGAUACCCUUCCGUCUACAAGCCGUACAACAUCGCGGAGGGAACAUUGGAUGGGUAUCUGGUGUGGAACCCGAGAUGUCAUAUGCUCUCGAAGGAACCGGUGGAUCCGUCGAUUCGCGCUUAUGUGAAAAAGGAAAAAUUUGAGAGGUGCACGAACGAGCCCCGUUUCACUGGUUUGACCAGGGAGGAUAACGGCACCGUGAUUCUCUACGUGGAUCCUGCUGCCGUGGCACGUUAUCCUGGCCUAGAGUGCUGCUGGUCGCCGGUGUUCAGGGCCGAGAAGGAAUCGACGAAGGAGAACAAUGUCGACUCUAUGAUCGUGGUGAAACGAUGUCGGAGGUUCCAGGGGGAGAGCGCGUUGCCCGCCGAGGCGGACGCCGCAAUGGUCAGCUGCACGGUGAAGAGCAAACGGCGCGGCAAGCCGAUCUACGAGAACGUUCACGCGAUUCUCAACGUGGACAAGGUGUCUGAUCGUUUCAAUGCCACCGUUGAGACUUCCGCUUCUUCUAUGCUGCUCUCCAGGAAACUGAGCGUCCUGUUGCUCGGCAUUGAUAGCGUCAGCCGGUUAAAUUUCAUGCGCAGCGCACCAAAUACGGAGAAAUAUCUACGCGAGACCGGCUGGGUCCGGUUGAACGGCUACAACAAGAUGGGCGACAACACUUUUCCAAAUCUAAUGGCGAUCCUGACCGGACAGAAUCAAGCUCAAGCAUACUCGAUAUGCAAGCCCACCGUGCCACACUUUCUCGAUCGGUGCCCCUUCAUCUGGCGCAACUUCCGUCAAGCUGGUUACGCGACCGCCUACGGCGAGGACGAAACCUCUCUCAACACCUUCAACUAUCUAAAAGUCGGGUUCGUCGAGCCGCCAACAGAUUACUACCUUCGACCGUACAUGCUCGCCUGCGAAAAGCUGCUCAAAGUGAAAAAGAGAUUUGGUCUAAAGUACUGCACUGGACCAGAGAGCAGCUUCGACAGAAUCCUCGACUACGCGGUCGAGUUUAGCCGCGCUUUCCUCGGUCAGCCGUACUUCGGCUUCUUCUGGACCAUCAGUGUCAGCCACGAGAACGCGAAUGGACUAUCGUCGAUGGACAAUCAACUACUCGGCAAGCUGAAGCAGUUGGAACGCGAGGGUGUGCUGAAUGACACGAUGAUCGUAUUUCUGAGUGAUCACGGGAUGCGCUGGGGACCGAUCAGAAACACGUUCGUCGGCUGGUACGAAGAGCGGCUGCCGUUCCUUUAUCUCUGGUUGCCAGAAUGGUUCCGAGCCGAACGACCAGAGGCGUAUCCGUCGGUACGCGCGAAUCAACAUCGUCUUACUUCACCGUUCGAUCUCUACGAAACGCUUCGAGAGGUGUUGAGGUUAUCCGGGGGUCAAACGGAUCAGUCACCGGGCUGUCCAGCUUGUCGCAGUCUGCUCGCCGGACCGGUGCCUCGAGAAAGAGGUUGCCCCGACGUCGGAAUCUCCUCUCACUGGUGCACCUGUACCGCGUUCGAAUCAAUCGAUUCUCGCGAUCCUUUCGUCCAGAAGGGAGCCCACGCCUUUCUCGAACACGUCGAUACCAUCCUCGACGGCUAUCGGGACAAGAAGGGUAGACGGCUCUGUGCCAAACUUCGUCUGAAAAAGCUACAUCGAGUGGACCGCGUGAUCGACUUUGCAAACUCAACCAGUCUCGCCUAUUUUUACUUGAUUCAGGUGAGCCCCGGUGGCGGAAAGUUCGAAGUCACAAUGAGGUACCACGAUAACAACGCCACCUUCACAGUCACCGAUCAUGACGUCAGCAGAAUUAAUUCUUACGCCUCUGCCGCAGAGUGUCUCAAUAGCGGAAUGAAGCAGUACUGUUAUUGUCUCAAAUGAUUCUCCUCUCG